UAGUAAAUGGCUUAUUUUUGCUCGACUACUUAUGGCUUCUUACUUGCUAUUUUGUUGAAGAUUGUUUUGUGUAUGUCGGGUCGGGUUAGUUUGGGGUCGAGAUUGUAUGCUAACAACAACCAGACAUGGGUUUCUGAUAAUGGUACAUUUGCAUUUGGGUUUGCUCCUGCUGUAGGAUCAAGUUCACGUUCACAGGAUGAUCAUCGGUACCAACUCGGCAUUUGGUUUGCUGAUCUACCCGGCGACCGUACUCUUGUGUGGUCCGCAUAUUUAAUCUCUCCCGUCACAAAAGAAGCGAUCUUGGAGCUCGACACAACCGGAAACCUUGUCUUAACCGAUGGGCGCACCCUCACAUGGACCUCAAACACGACACGCGACGAUAUCCAAUCCGCGGAGUUACUCGAAAACGGCAACCUCGUCCUCUACACGAUCAAUCAACACAUAGCAUGGCAAAGCUUCUCACACCCAUCAGACACACUCUUACCUGGUCAACCUUUGACAAUCUCCAAUGAGUUGACUUCGUCAAGGGGGCCCACACGUGUCGGCGGUUAUUACAUUUUAAAAAUACUACAACAACCCACUUCACUAACCUUAGCUUUAUCAUACAACCUACCAAAAGAGCCUUAUAACUUAUCAACCAAAGCUCUUUCUAAUUAUUCUUACUGGGCGACACCGGAGUUCUCUAACCUCACCGGCGAUGUUACGGCGGUACUCGACCAAGCCGGAAGCUUCGGGGUGGUUUACGGCGGAGAUUCCGCCUCAGCCGGAGCAGUGUACGUUUAUAAAAAUGACAAUGACAAAGGUGAAUUAUCAUCAGCUAUAAACCAAACAAACAGACCAUUAGUUCUACGUAGAAUAAUUCUCGAAACUAACGGUAAUCUUCGGUUAUACCGUUGGGACAAUGAUGUUAACGGAUCACGGCAAUGGGUACCCGAAUGGGCUGCGGUUUCAGACCCGUGUGACAUAGCUGGAGUUUGUGGUAAUGGUAUAUGUAAUUUAGACAGAACCAAAACAAACGCGACUUGCGUGUGUUUGCCUGGUUCUGACACUAGUGGGGACGAUUUCCAGUGUAGGGCUAACUCGUCCUACACUGGAAAUUGCAGAGUUCCCCACGAGAAUUGGAAUAAAUCCGAAUUCAAAAUCGAAACAGUUCAACAAACAAAUUACUAUUUCCUACCAUCGGCUGUGAUAGCGAAUUAUAGUGAUAUCGCGUCGGUUUCGAAGUGUGGUGAUGUUUGUUUAUCUAAUUGUGAAUGUGUUGCUUCUGUUUAUGGGCUAAACCAAGAGAGUCCAUAUUGUUGGGUGUUAAGAAGCUUGGAGUUUGGUGGGUUUGAGGAUUCGGGCUCGACUAUGUUCGUUAAGGUUCUGUCGAACGCCUCUUCUAGCGAAGAACGUGAAGACGGUUCUGGGAUGAGUAGCAGCACUCGGACUAAGGUUGUGGUGCCUCCGGUUGUGCUCGGGAUGCUUGUUCUUGUUGGACUUCUAUGUUGUUUGUUGUAUGUUAAUGUUCAUAAAAGGAGAGGGUUGAAAAGAGCUCUCAACAGUUCCUUGAUUGUCUCAGGAGCUCCUGUUAGUUAUAACUUUCGUGAUCUACAGAAUAGCACAAAUCAAUUUUCGGAGUUGCUUGGAACAGGUGGGUUUGGUAGUGUUUACAAGGGAAGUUUAGCAGAUGGGACGCUAAUUGCGGUAAAAAAGCUCGACCGGAUUUUGCCACACGGAGAAAGGGAAUUUGCAACUGAAGUAAACACAAUCGGUUCGAUGCAUCACAUGAACUUGGUUCGCUUGUUCGGGUAUUGUUCCGAAGGUGCACAAAGGCUUUUGGUGUACGAGUUUAUGACGAACGGAUCUUUGGACAAAUGGUUAUUUGUUUCGCAUAAUACUCGAGAGAGACUCUUGGAAUGGUCAACUCGGUUUCAUAUAGCAGUUGGAACUGCACAAGGGAUUGCAUACUUCCACGAGCAAUGUCGGAAUAGGAUAAUACAUUGUGAUAUAAAGCCGGAGAAUAUUCUUUUGGACGAAAAUUUUAGUCCAAAAGUUUCGGAUUUUGGGUUGGCUAAGCUGAUGGGAAGGGAGCACUCGCAAGUUGUGACCAUGGUUCGAGGGACAAGAGGUUACUUAGCUCCAGAGUGGAUUAGUAAUCGUCCUGUAACAGUAAAAACGGACGUUUAUAGUUAUGGAAUGCUCUUGUUGGAAAUAGUUGGUGGACGAAGAAAUCUCGAUAUGAGUUUUGAUGCAAACAAUUUCUUCUUCCCUGGAUGGGCUUUUCAGGAAAUGAGAAACGGGGAUGCGAUGAAGGUGGCAGAUAGGCGACUAGAAGGGGCAGUUGAUGAAGGCGAGCUUUUGAGAGCAUUAAAAGUGGGGUUUUGGUGUAUACAAGACGAUGUGAGUAUGCGUCCUUCGAUGAGUGAGGUGGUGAUGAUGUUGGAAGGUUCGGUAGAGGUGAACGAACCACCAAUGCCCCAAUCGGUUUUUGAGCUUAUUGAGGAAGGAUUAGACCAUGUCUAUAAGGCAAUGAAACGAGAAUUUAAUCCGUUAAGUUCUUUCAUUAUCACCAACAUGACAAGUCAACCAUCAUCCGGUGCAACCUGUAGUUACUCUACAAUGUCACCUAGAUAAUGCGAGUGAUGGAUCAGAAGAACGAAUGCCACUAAAUUAAAUUACAUCUUUAUUUGCGUUAUCUAACCAUUUUAUUGUAUCAAAAAUAUAAAGCACAUGUAAUUACGAGCUUGUUUAGUGCUAUAAGAAUCUGAUUUUAAAGAGUUUGUUACAGGCUAUUUUAAAAGAUGAUAUGUU